AUGGCGGACGUCCGAUCACUCCUCCGGAAUGAACUAGCUUCGCGCAAGGGCGCAUCGCCGAAUACCACAGGAAACCGAGUUAGCAAAAAGCGCAAGGUCGAUAACGGAGAGGGCGUGAUGCGCAAGAAGCUGCGGUCCACAGAUAUUGAGGCCGUUCAGGCUGCUGCGAGUGCACAGGGCGCUGGGCCUAGCGCUGAAGGGACAAUUGAGGAUGACGUCUUGGAGCCCGUCGAAGAGGCCGAGCUCGAAGAACCGCUCGAUGAGAACCAACAGACCGAUUCACCAACUGCGCAACAAAUACCGCCAACGCCAUUGCAAGAAUCUUUUGGCUCUGUCGACGAAGACGAAUGGGCCGCCUUUGAACGCGAAGUCGCCGCGCCAACCCGAAUGGCACAUGCCCCGGCUGCUAUCGCAGCUGAAGCCACUAUAUCCGCGGCCCCCGUAACCAACGAGGAGCUUGCGGCACAACAAGAGAAAGAGAAAGCGUCCGCUGGUCGGACACGCGAAGCCGAGUUAGAAGGAGAGCGGGAAGACGCCGCACGAUUUAUGGAGGAAGAGUUCGAUGAGAUGGACCAACUCGAGGAGCGUGUACGGAGGUUGAAGCAUAUGAGAGAAGAACUGCGACAAAAACGUGCCGAGGACCAGACCAGAGACGUCCCUAUGGCUUCGGAUGAUCAACGAGCGGCUGAGAGUGACAGUGACGAGGACGACUACGAGGAUUGGGAUGAUUGGCGAUUUAAAUGA